AUGUACAGAUGGUUACUUGCAGCAUACAAUAGCCUUACCGAUAAACACCUGGUUGGAUAUUUUAACAAUACAAGGAUAAGGCGGCAUCUCUUAAGAUCAGGGCUGAUCACAAGAAGUGGAAGAAUACUUUCUGAGAAAGAAUAUAAACUAAAUAUUAUGAAGCGGGAUCAUCAAAAAUAUAUCCGGGAGUGCUUAGCCCAAGCUAUUUUCCACAAGGUCCUUGAUAUGGAGCGUUAUCAUCAGCUUGAGAUAAAAAGGAAACUAGAGGCUUUAGCUAGGAAGGAGCGAAUUCAGCAAUUUAAGGGAGAGCACACAAGAAAAUUUGUUGAAAACAACAUGCCAGUCCUGUCUCCCCAUCCUCCAACUGGCCCAAAGACAAGUCGUGGCCAUAGUAUUCUGAUUGAUGAAAGAUAUUCCAGUCCACUCACACCGACAGCCCCUCGGCCAUAUACAGCCCCAGGAAAUAUGCAGCCUCCGAUUAGAUUGCAGCCUCUUCCCAGUAACCGUGCUGUUAGAACGGUUUCAAAGAGAACCCUGAGGUCCAGAUCAAAAACCUCUUUACUGGAAAAUGAAGUUCAGUUUCCCAUUGGGGGCAAGAAGUCAGUGCUGAAGUUCAGGAACUCCAUGGACUUAUCACAGAGAAUUUAUCCUUAUCAGCUUCCGUACAUUGAGAAUUACCUGAGAUCGAUUCCUCCUCCAUCUCCUCCCCUAAAUGGCAAGAUCCCAAGGGAAAACAGAUCUGAAACUUGGAGAAAAAGGAGAUUUCGUCCAACCACUGCUCCAAAUGGCUUAGAACCUCUUUUUACCAGGGAACCAGGAAGGAUUAAUAAACCAUCACUGCAUAGCAAUGCACUAAUUACAAUGAUCUAUUUGGGGAAAAGUGUGCACCUUUCCUAUGGUGACACAGAUUUCCAAGAUGAAAUAAAAAUUUAUCAGCAGCACUGUGGUGGAGAAAACCUUUGUGUCUACACAGGCACAGUACUCGAAAAAGAGACAUUUCAAUUCAUUUCCAAACGCCAUCAUGGCUUUCCCUUCAGCCUCACCUUUUUCCUGAAUGGGAUGCAGGUGAAUAGGUUAAGCUCCUGCUGUGAAUACAAGCACCGGAAAGGUUCCAGACUUGGAGGCAAAAGAGGCUAUUUCGGGUUUGUGUGUGUGGAGAAAGCAUCUCCUUGCUACAAGUGCAUUAUUGCAAUGGGCCUCGACAGAAAACUGCCUUCAGCAAAACUUAGGAAAGAAAAGCACAAUGAGAAAAGAGAGGGGAAACAGAGGCAAGAGAGGGUGACCAUGACAUCCAGAAGAGAUGAGGAUGAAGGGAGCCAAACUUGUGUCCCAACCAUUUAUUCAGCUCAAGAGAUAAGCACAGGACUCCCAGAAGUGAGGAGUGCAAUGGAAGAAAUGGAGCAAAAAUGUAGCUCAGGACAAGACGUGUGGGAAGAUGACCAGGAAAAUGUUCCAAAAUAUGAAUAUGAAGAAGAUUUUGAAGGUGAUGAGGAGCAACAGGCUGAGAAAGCUAAUAAAGGAGGACAGGCUGAUGAUCAAAUGAAUGGAAUAUCAAACUCAUCCUCAGAUGAUGAAAAAGAUCAUUUAGAGCCUGAAAAGGAGAACAAAAUCUUGUUACAGAAGGCACCUGAGGCUGAAGACAAUGUGAAAGAUGAGGAUGAUGGAUACUCAGAGAGCGAAUGGGAAGAGGAAAAAAAAGACAUUAAAACUUCUUCAUCAGCCUCCUCUCUGAGUCACCCUCUUUCUAGUGAGAGUGAAGAUGAAUCUGCUGAGCAUGAUCAGAGAGUCCAUACGCCCAACCAACGGGGCUAUGAAAGCUCAGAUGAAGCUGCAAGUUCAUCUUCUUCAGAGCUGAGUGAAAACGACGAGCCAGGAAAAUGCUACCUUCCGAGCUUGGAGAACUUCUUGGAAGUUGAAGUCAAAGAUCAAGAAAUAAUAAAUACCAAUGUGAAAACCCAGGCUUUGACAACCGAGGAAAGCUAUGAAAAUGGUCUUGAGGAAGAAAUGGAGAAAAGAGAUGAAGGGCUUAUAGAAAAUUUAUCUAAGAAGUCCAGGAAACAAGCUUCUGAAAAACAAAAGGCAAAGGUUCCCAGUAAGGUUUGGGACGAAACCACUGCUGAGGUGGACAGAAAGGCAGGUCUCCCUGAGGUGGAUGAAGGUGUUGGACAGAUGAUAAGUGAAGCCCUGGCACCUGCUUGCCAAUGCCACUCUGACACCAAGUCUGGUGUUAGCAGCAUAGAUGAUGGGGAGAAGUCCACGAGGAAGCUGGAGUCUGAUCCUACUGGAGCCCCAAAGAAGAAUUUAGUGGUGGCUGAAAGAGAAACAGUUGACCCCAACAUGGAAGCCAAGCAAAUUACACCAGAUAUGCAUGCACAGAGAAUGGAAGAAGCCACGGAGAAAUGUGAAGCUUCCCAAUCAGAGGAGGAGGCAGGCCCAGCAGAGGAAAAGGAGAAUGCAGCACUGUGGGAGAAAGCAGGGGUCAAUGAGGAUUCCUUAGAGGACCAGAACCCAAGAGCAGUGCAGUCAGCAUUAGCAGAACAGUUUGCUCUGGGCCUGGCAAGUGAGGCAGAGGCAGAAGCAGGAGAUAAAAAUCCGAGUAUGCAGGAGCUAAACUCUACAGCAACAGCCUCAGCAAGCACCUCUGAAACUCUGAAUGAAGAUGAGUUCGAUGAAGAGCAGGCCUCAGUGCAGCUAGUUCUGGAGUCAGAGGGGGCAGAUUCUGAAGGCUCAGAGAAGGCAACAUUCACAAGGAACCUAGCACUGAGCUCUGAGCAUCUUCAGGAGGAAGCAGCCCUUGGGGAGAGAGUAACUCUGGAGAUGGGAGAGGCUCAGAGAGAGGAGGCAGAGAGUGAGGCAGGGGUGGAUGAGAGGAAUGUGGAAGUCCCCCCACAGUCGGAGGAUGUGAGAUCUGUAGAGGACACCGACAGAGUGUCUGUAGAGAGUAGUUUUGAAUAUGCAAUGUUUGGUGGAGAAGAGCCAGUCAGAGAAAGGAAGGAGGAACUAGAAACAGAAACGCCCCUAAGUACUUCAACAGGAGAGAUAAAUACUUGGGAGAUGGACAUUUCAGAGAGCAUCCCUGAAGAGCUUAAUAGAGAAGGCACAGCGAAACAGGAGCUUCGAACUGAGGCAGAAUCAAGUAGGGAAGAUGAUAGGCAGGAAGUGUUCCCUGAGGAAUUAGAGGUGGGCAGAGAGAGAAAAGCCACGCAGCCUAACACACCUCAGUGGGAAACUAGAUCUGAGCGAGAAGAGGUGACAAGAGCAAAUGCACUUAAGGAUGAAGACACUUUAGAAGAUGAGCAGAAACUGAAAGAGGAAGACAAAGCCACAGUACAGGGAGUAAGAUCUGAGGAAGAGAAAAAAGCCUGUCAAAAUGAAAUGGAAUCUCACAUGGAGGAAGCAGGGUCUACAGAAGGAGCUGAGUUGACUGGAGAUACAGGGCGUUUGGAAGACCCACUGAAAGAAAGAAGGGAAACCAUGGUCAAAGCAACGUGUGGAUUUGAAAGUUUAAGGGAACAGGUAAUAAUUCUGAGCAAAGAUAGAGGAGAAAGAUGGAGCAAAGCCAGAGACACAGAGCAUAAAGACAGAACAGAGUUGCUAGGCCAGAAUGUGAUUCUGUCAGAGCAGGAGAAGGAGGCCCACCAUGGGGAGAGAGAAUUAGCAACUCCUGAAAGCGAGCCAGCAGGCAAGGGACAGGCACCUAGGUUGACCACUGCAGCCACAGGAGAGGCUGAGGAGUGUGCAGCCAAGGAUCAAGAUGGCAUUGAAAGACUGGAGAGGAGGGAUGAAAAAGGAACUGUUCAAGAGCAUAAAGGGCAGAACUGGGAGGUCAAGAAAACCAUCCAGGAAGAUAUUCCAAAAGGAAGCCCCAAAAUGGCAGGCAAGUUUGGGGGAGAAGCAGUAGACGAGGUGUUCAGGAAUUCCAAGUGCAUUCUAGGGACAGGAGUAAGGAAAGAAAGCAAUGUGAAGAGAAGCGACACCAUGACAGAAGGAGCAAUUGUGAUGGAUGCAAAUCAAGACCAAGAAGUGGCAAAGACAGCCACAGAGAAGAGGGGUGUGUUGGCAGCUUCAAAGACAGUUGAGGGGGAAACAGUGGCAAAUAAACCCUCCUCCUUUUCAGAUGUUGCUGGAGAGGAACAUUGGCAAGCUGGGAAAGAGGCACUAGGAAAAACAGCAGCUGUAGAGAGGGUGGUGACAGAGGAAAUAACUCUCAGAAGUAAGGAGGUGCCAACAGGGGAGGAAGUGACAGUGGUAUCAUCAGCAGACAUGGGGGUGUUUCUGCCUCAUCCAGAAGCUAAUGCCCUGAAUGAACAGACACUUAGUCAAGGUCAGGAUCAAGAAAGAGUGGACACUCAGCAUACAGGGUCAAUGGGUGAAGAGGGAAAAAUGAAAAGCCCUUAUGAGGAGAAGGAAUCUGGAUCACCUGAAGAAGCCAGAAAAGGGUCCUCAUCAGAGAGGAAGGCAAAGCAGAACAUAGUGAGGCUAGGAGCAGUGGCAGCAAGUUCUUUGAAGCCUGAUUUCCCUGGAAUCCAAGAGAAGAAAGGAAAUACAAAGCAAGAAGAAAUUGAUAGUGCAGAUAUUUCUUGA